GCGGAAGCGAGGGGAGGCCGUUUCCGGCGGGGGCCCGCGGGCUCUGGUUGGCUACGGCGGCCGGGAGGGGCCAGCGCGGCGCUGGAGCGGACGGCGGCGCCUCUCUCCUCGCGCCUUGCCCUCGCUGCGGCGGCCGGGGCCCGGGCCGGCGCGCGGGGAAGAUGCUGGAGGCGGCGGCCGAGCCGGAGCUGGACCCCGAGGACCUGGUGCAUUUCUCGGUGGGGGACCUGCCCAGCCGCGGCUACGGGGUGAUGGGCGAGAUCCGGAGGCAGGGCAAGCUCUGCGACGUGACCCUCAAGGUAGGGGACCACAAAUUCAGCGCCCACCGGAUCGUACUAGCAGCCUCCAUCCCUUACUUUCAUGCUAUGUUUACAAAUGACAUGAUGGAAUGCAAACAGGAUGAGAUUGUCAUGCAAGGAAUGGAUCCAAGUGCACUAGAGGCUCUGAUCAACUUUGCUUACAACGGACACCUAGCAAUUGAUCAGCAGAAUGUUCAGUCUUUGCUGAUGGGGGCAAGUUUCCUUCAGCUGCAAAAUAUCAAAGAUGCCUGCUGUACCUUUCUCAGAGAGAGGCUUCAUCCUAAGAACUGCCUAGGCGUACGUCAGUUUGCAGAAACCAUGAUGUGUGCCGUGCUCUACGAAUCUGCCAACAGCUUCAUCCACCAGCACUUUGUGGAGGUGUCCAUGUCUGAAGAGUUCCUUGCUCUAGCCUUCGAAGACGUGCUGGAGCUGGUUUCAAGGGAAGAGCUCAAUGUCAAGUCUGAGGAGCAGGUAUUCGAAGCUGCGUUAGCCUGGGUCCGGUACGAGCGAGAUCAGAGGGAACCCUGCUUACCUGAGCUACUGUCCAAAAUCCGACUGCCCCUUUGUCGACCUCAGUUCCUCACUGACCGUGUGCAACAAGAUGACCUUGUCCGCUGCUGCCACAAAUGCCGGGACCUGGUGGAUGAAGCAAAAGACUAUCACCUAAUGCCAGAACGCCGGCCGCACCUCCCGGCAUUCAAGACGCGUCCCCGGUGCUGCACAUCGAUCGCAGGAUUGAUUUAUGCUGUUGGAGGUCUUAAUUCAGCAGGUGAUUCACUGAACGUGGUGGAAGUCUUCGACCCCAUUGCAAAUCACUGGGAGAAGUGCCAGCCGAUGACGACGGCACGCAGCCGAGUGGGUGUGGCUGUGGUGAAUGGACUCUUGUAUGCCAUUGGUGGAUACGAUGGCCAGUUAAGACUGAGUACAGUGGAAGUUUAUAACCCAGAGAUGGAUUCUUGGUCCAAAGUAGGAAGCAUGAACAGCAAACGAAGUGCAAUGGGAACAGUAGUGCUGGAUGGGCAGAUCUAUGUAUGCGGUGGGUAUGAUGGAAACUCAUCCCUCAACUCCGUGGAGACGUACUCACCAGAAACAGACAGGUGGACGGUAGCGACUCCCAUGAGUUCGAAUCGCAGCGCGGCCGGAGUCACCGUGUUCGAAGGCAGGAUCUAUGUGUCUGGAGGGCACGACGGUUUACAAAUUUUCAGCAGUGUGGAGUACUACAACCAUCACACAGCAACGUGGCACCCCGUCGCAAGCAUGCUGAACAAGCGGUGUCGGCACGGAGCCGCCUCCCUGGGCAGCAAGAUGUUUGUCUGUGGCGGCUACGAUGGGUCUGGCUUCCUCAGCAUCGCCGAGGUGUACAGCUCCAUGGCAGAUCAGUGGUACCUGAUCGUCCCGAUGAACACCCGACGGAGCCGCGUCUCCCUUGUAGCCAACUGCGGCCGCCUGUAUUGCGUGGGUGGCUAUGACGGGCAGUCCAACCUGAGCUCGGUGGAGAUGUACGACCCAGAAACCAACCGCUGGACGUUCAUGGCCCCUAUGGUGUGCCACGAGGGUGGGGUUGGUGUGGGGUGCAUACCGCUCCUCACCAUCUGAGAAGGAAGCGUUGGCAGCCAUCUCCAAGCAACAAUCUCUGGAGAGGUUUAGCGAGGGUUUUGUGAUGGGAUCUAUCCAGAGGUACAUUUCUAGAUGCGUCAUUCGUCAUUCACGAACACAAACAGUUAAAAAGAAAGUGGCCCUGCGAUUUUUCCGGGCUGAGGCUCUGCCACAGUUGAAUAUUCACCGUUCAGACCAUGUGUGUGUAACCCCUACUCCCUUCCCUCCCCCCACACUCUAGUCAUUACGUGGAUCUAAGGCUAGGCAGAUGCUUCCUUCUCCUAGCCUUUGCUUCAGGUACUGCAUUGAUCCAGAUGUGGUCUACUUCUGGUAAUGCUGUUGGGAAGCAGUGGAGCAGUCUAUGUUGGUUUGACCCUGCAUAAACUAAUAUUGGCCAGAUCAAUUGGGAGAGAGUGCGUAUGCAGUAUGUUCAGGGCAAAUGACCCUAAUGCCACAGUUCAGUUUAUUAUUAACUACAGUAGCUUGAGUAUUGCAGACAGUCCAGUUCAUUCUGUUUAGUUACCAAGCACGUUGGAUUUUACCCACCCUUACAAAACAGGAGGGGCUUUCUCACCAAUAUUGGUUGUUAGAAGCCCAUGUGUGGGGUAAUCCUUGGAGAUGCAUCGCUCCUUAAUUUCUGAGGAUUUAUCCCUAUGACCAGUGUAUUUCAUUUACUUCUUUUGAAUGUAAUUUACUUUGUUCUGUUGGAUCAGGAAAAUUGGAUGUAAGCAUUAAGGGAGGAUGACAAAUGUUUUCCCCUCUCAAAUUCUCAAAAAAACAAAAAACGAAAAAAAUAGAUUAAAACAUCUAACCGUUCUAAAAGACUGCUGAGGGAAAAAAUUGAAUAUAAAUGACACUAGCAGCAAACUUAUAUUUAAAUAGGAAAACUGCCAAAAUGUUAAUUAUACAGAUCUUUUUUUUAAAUUAAAUCUGUUUUAAAGCUUUUUUCCUUUCACAAAACUUAGGCAUUGGUUUCCAAAAUACGUAUUAGAAACAGCUGGAUUCCAGUAUGGUCAAGAUCUGUCCUUUUGAUCUUUUGCGCAAAGAUGAAAAUGUAGCACCUCACAUGUGCUUUGUUUUGGAAAGUUCCUGCUGUGCAUUCAGAUGUUUUUGAUUUCACAAAAAUGUUGUGUGGGUUUUGAAAUAUGCACUUGGCCUGCUGUGUUGUGAGCUCUUGUGUGUGUUGUUGGUCUGUUUGACAGCUGCCAUUCACUUAAGAAAGCUCAAAUACAGACUGGGCCUUCACGGAGAAAUAACACCGAGGGAUAGACAAUAAGGGUUUGUGCAAGGGACAUAACUUGGGCCCCAGGAAAAUUGCACAUGCACAAACUUUCAGCACAGCCGAAGGUUUUGUUAAAUCAGUGUCUAGCUUUUUCUGUUUAGCUACGGUGGAAAGAUCUUUACAGCAUGCUUGGUUGAUGCUCUGUUAACCUAGCCAUGCAGCCAUCUUUUUACAGCCAAACAAUGACAGUUGCAAAAGUGUGAUAUUGUCAACAUCCUUCACUUAAAGGAGAGAUGAAUGUGAAAGACUAUUAGCGACCAAGCAGACAGUCUGGUCUUUCCCCAGGAGUCCAUGCCCAUAUGUUCCCCACUGUUGUUUUCCUGUCAUGCAGCCUACACUGGCAGAAGAUGAGGUGUUCUCUUCCCCUUCUUCCUUGGUUCUUUGCCUUUUUAAUAUCCCUGUCUCUCCUCUUCUGUAACGAUUGCAAAUGGAAGGACACAUGGAUCCUUGAGUUCUUACUGCAGCUGCCGUGGCACGUACCACCUGACAGAGAUGCUUUGGAGUCUCCGCACCUGCACCUUUGCCCUGGAGACUUGUCAGAUGCCUUUAUGAUGCCUGUUCUCCUUUGCAGACCUGGGGAGUGGAUGACUGGGUCCAAGUCUAAGUUGGAGUCUCGUCCUACAUUGCUGGCCGUGUAGCUACUUCAGGCACCGAGAUGCGGCUUUACAAUGAUUUUUUUUUUAUAUAUAUAUCUCAAGGUUACAAACUUUGCCACGUUUUUUUGGAAGUAGAUCAUCCCACAAUGAUUUGAUUGAGGUAAAUGUGAGUGGCCAGCACAUGGUAUGGUUGUGUAUUCUAACUGGACAAGUCAUCAGAGUUCUCUCACGACUGGGAGGAGGACAGUUCUUUGAAACCUUCUUUUGUGCUAAAUCAAGAAGCAACAAAGUUUUCAAAAUCCAAGUAGGUCUGUGACCACUUUAGUCAGUCUAAGCGCGAAGCCAGCAUUCUGCAUUAACUUACAUCAGAGCGGGGUUAGAGUAAUGCAUGACACUGACAGCCUACGUGUAUGCAAUAUCUAGACGCAACAGGACGAGGGAAGGACAGCGUGGCCUAGGAGAGACCCCUUUGAACUCGGGGAUAAUAUUAUAAAAUGAUGUGAAAUGUAUUUAUUAGCUCUUCAGUAUUUCACUUGCAUGAAUAUGGUCUGCCACUAAUCUAGGGCUUCCUUCUCAAUCUGCUUCCUCCUAUAUGAUCCUUUAGUGAAGCCCUGGUCACAGACUGUGAGAAUGCCAACACAGGCUUCUGAUGGGACGAGCAGCUGGGAAGGGAAGGACGCUGUAUUCAAACACUAAUCUCUUCCAUUGACACACAGGGACACGGGGGAAUGACAAAUAUAUGUCCAUUUCUUUUCGUGUGCGCUUUUUUAUGUUCGAACCUUCCUCUGCAAGGGCCAGAUCCUGUCAGACCUGGAGCACCCUAAUUUCUGUCAUUCAGUGGGAUCUGAGCAUGCUCUGCAUCUCUUCAAACGGGGUCCUGAGUCUGAAUUUCUGGGCUUUGUUGAUUUUUUUGUUCAUAUCAAAAACCUCAGUGCUGCUUAGAUUUUUUUUUACUUUGGGUGUGGAUGUGGAUGUCUCUGUAUUCAGGUACCAUGUAUAUUGUAGAUGUAUAAUAUGAGCAUGUGUGGUUAUAAAUGUGGGUGCUCUGUCUAGGUAUCGAUAUCUAUUUCCUGUUUAUAUGCAUUUACCAACCAAUGGAUCAUGCUUGAGGAUAAACAUUCGUUUGGCAUUUCCAUGCUGCUAAGACUUUUUUUAAACAUCGGCAUCAAGACUAAGGUAGUUUUCAGGCCAUGAGCUGAAAGGUGGUAGAAAAAUAAAAUUAUUUGCCAUUAGCUGCAAGGCUUUUAAACUAUGUAUCUUGGGGAAGGAGUGUGUGUGGCGGGGGAAGGGGGGAUUUUAGGUUUAUUUGCUUUUGAAAGUAAAGGGUGUGGCAAGGAAAGAAUUAGCAAUUUCUUUCUGUCCUGUUCAUCUUCCCAACUUGUGUUUUCCACUCUCAGCCAAGUCUCACUAGCAGGGGUCUGAUUGAGCAGAUUUCUUUAGGGGCCCAUUGACCUGUCUAUUAAUACCGGAGUUUCCGUGUCUUUCUUAGCAGGGGUGUUGCAUUGAUACAGCAAGGCUCAGCAGUUAUCGAGUCAUUUGGUGCCCGCUUCCGUAGAGCAACUAUGGUGAUAAUCAUGGGGUUGCUCUCCUAGGGGAGAGGAUCGUUUGUCCCCUGCCCAUAUGUUAAUCCAUCAUCCCAAAUUUUCCCCCUCAGCAAGAAUGUAUUUGCAUCACUGAGUGCGUAGAUAUCCUGCAGGCCCAUCAAAAGUUACCCAAGGGGAGUGGAGGAGUCAGACUUUUUCAGAACUGCAUUUAUCCUUGUGACACUUUCUUUGAGUAAGGCUGAACUUUGCUGCCACCAUAUGUGCAGAAUGAUUGGUAGGUGCAGUUCUAGAGUGCCACUGGGCUUACUUGGGGUAGAUCUGCUUGUACCAUAAUGAGUAAAUGACUUUGCCAUGUCAGGAAUGAAUUAGAUAUACUGAACAACAGAGUCAUAGAGGAAUUAGUCUCAUUGUGUUUUGGCUAAUCUUGAAUCGCUUUGGGAUAGUUCUCAUAGUUUCUCGAGCCAUCUCCUUUAGCCUUGCCUUGAAUGCCUUCCAUGAGUUCACUUGGCAGGGAGAUUGGAAUGCCGAUGAUGAGAUACGUGUUUCUAGUUGACUGGGAAUUGCCUGGCCAAACACUGUUUCAUGCCCAUAAACAGCUGAUGGGCUAAUGGUUACUCCAGCAGCCUGUUUGCUAACUAGGGAAGCUUUGUGCGUUUUCCAAGUCAAUCUUAUGCCUGUUAGAUCUGUUUGCAGAGAACAGAUUCCUAACCGUGUUCAGAGCGGUUCUGAGGGUUAGCUAGACCAGGAGAGAUCUGGAUAUUGAGUAUUCCAAACACAGCGUUAGUAAUGUCUUUAAUGCCAGAUGUUUGCAGGAAUCCUUAUCCACUACAACUGUGAUUUAGGGACUCAAAUUCAAAUUCACUUCCUGGCUAGCCGAACCAACAAGCAAUAGCAAAGAGCUCAGUUUGGAGGGUGGGGUGGGAAAUUUUGCGGGGGGGGUCUCUGCCUGCCUGCAUUCCCACCUCUUGGGACACAGGUUAUGCCGUGUGCACUCAGCAGGUUUAAUAUCUCAUAACCUUAUUCCCCACAAAGUGGGCAGCAUCUUCUCUUUACAAUGUAUUUGUAUUACAGUUAACAGGCAGGAUCAGGGCCCCCUGUGCUGGAUGCUGUACAGGUGUCUGGUAAAAGAUAGUCCCCGCCUCAGAGAGUUUCCAGUGUAAAUGGUGAGAGGGUUAACUGAAGCACAGAGUCCACAAGGUCACAUAGCCAGUCCGUGUCAGAGCCAGGAAUAGAAUCCAGAUCUCCUGACUCCAGUGCAGUGCCCUAGCCACUAGAUCAUACUACUUUCUUUUUUGGGUCACUGUUACAAGGGGCAAGGAAGGGGAAACAGCCUGUUUUGAGAUCCCAAAUCCACAGCAGAAUUAAAUUACAAUAAUGCAUCUGUAAAGCGAAGUCCUUGAAAAUCAGCUCUUCCUCGUCUCGCCAAGACUUGAGUUCACGUUUGUUUCUUGGCCUUCUACAGUUGAGGGUCUUGUUCCUCCCAAAAGCUGGGGAAGGAGUGCUGUCCCUCUGGCCUGGUGUCUGGGAUAGCACCAACUGCUCCAGGGGAAACGCACAACUCUGAACCUGCAAGUUCUAACUGGUAGGUAGCCUGUCUGGUCACCAUUCUAUCCAAAAUACAUGUAGAAGAGCUAUGGAUCAAAGCAUUGAAGUCCAUAGAGCAGGGCACACUUACACCAGCUGAGACUCUGGGCUCUGAGCGUACUUGAACUUCAGCACAUUCUCCGAUUCCCUGAGCUCCAUUCCUUACUUCUCUCACAACCUCCAUGUCCAUGGUCUAAGGUGUGAUCUGUCCAAACCUGGAGGAGCUGGUAAAAGAGUGUAUAUGCCCAUAUAUACCCAACUAUGGUGGUUAGGAGGCUGUUGGCCCAUUAGCUGGUAUGGAAGAGUGCAGAGUUAGUUAGGUCUCUCGCUGAUAGCUUACUAAUGGAAAACUAAUAGUAUUUACAAAUUUAAUAUUCUAAUCAGUUAUCCAAACAACUAAAAAGCCAUAUGGAUGGGGUGUGCCUGUGACAACCUGCGAGGGAUGAAGUUGCUAAAUCAACUCUAAGCUUCUGAUUGGUUGGAAACAUUCGGGCCACUCAAAUUCUUUGACUAGGCUCUUCCUAGAGCCGGACAUGGCAGCACAGUGUUACAGAUCUUGCUGAGCAUUUUCUCUAGGCUUUUAGCGCACUUCUUACAAUUGUGGUACCUCCCCAAAACAAUGCACAGACAGCUGGGUUGGGGAGUUCUAAAGCACUUCUCUCACAACCUCAUGAUUUCCUGCUGGCUCAGUCCACUUCUUAAUCCAAGUGACAAAGCAACUGUGGGAUGUACUUGCCUUCUGUUUUACAAAGUGCUUUUUGCUUCCUCUGUGGCAGUCGGAUGUGUUAAUUAACAGAAGGACUGUUACAAUGCAGAAAAGCAUAUGGAAGUAUUUAUACUAGGCCAAUUGUAUAAGACAGCGGGGGCUUUUUCGCUGUUAUCUGAUAACCAAUAUUUGAGAAUCUGGCUCUUUGCUUUUUUCUCUAUUGGAUCAAUCUAUAACCUGUCAUGGUUGGUUAGCGUCACAGCUGAAAGGCAUCAAGAUUAUGAAUUCAGCCAAGCUAAUGCGUAUUUUGCUCUAGGUCUCAGAGCAGCUGGUUGGAAGGGGUUUGCUUCAAAGAAGUUGGGAGAUCUGUUAAUGUGAUAACUGUGUCCAGCUGUAACAACUCUUGGAAAGGACAGUAAAUGCCACCUUUCCUCUGACAUUCUUGAUCCUUGCCAACACAAGCUUACCUGGGUGUACAUCUAUGAGGCAGGACAGAAGACAAAGCGAGUCCUUUUGACUCUUCCUUUUUGUAUAUGUGAUCGGAUUAGGGUUUCUUGAGCUAUUGAAGGUUGGGUGAAUAUUAACCGCUGAAAUGAUGGGACUAGAUGGGUGACCGAGGGCUCUGUUUUUGGCGACGAUUGAACCCGAUCAAAGCAUUUUAUGUCUAAAUUUUAAUGGCCACUGCAGGAGGUGGGAUACUGGGCUUGAUUGGCUAUUGAUCUGAUCCGAUUUGACAAAUCUUAUGUUCUUAUCUAUCCACGCCAGCUGACUUGAGCUACCGCAAAUAACUGAGUCAGCUGAGUUCUCCAGCUUCAGCUUUCAACAGGUGUGAGAGCACGUGGUCGGCCAUGUUGGCUCAGACACCAUGAGUGAAGUACCGACAUGUACCAAGCAUUCUGCCUGGUGCCUGUGACAGACGUGUUGCAGGUCUCAUCUCUUGUGUGGUAUUGAACGGGUGCUUUUGUUCCCCAGUGGUGGAAGUCACCCAUUCCCAAAGGAGAAAUUAAGUGUUUAAUUUCUCCUGCUCUUCCAAGGUAUAAACAGGGUCCAAAAAGUGGUCUCCUCUUUGUGGGGCAAUACGCAGUCUCUGUGCUCUGGGUUCAGCAAUGUCUUAGCCUAGCAUCCCCCCCCGCCCACUACCCAAUCCUUUCUUCUGAGUGUCCUCUGGACCUAGCAGGGCAAGUCCCAUCUGCAGCCACUAGCUAGCCUUCCUGUCUGGUUCCAAAGCUCUGCAGACCAGCUGGGAGAAGAGGGGAUCUGGGCCUUGUUUCCACCUGGCUGGCCACAUCCCCUAAGGCUAUAGUGGAAAAGGAGCCCUCUAAGGAUUCCCCUUGCGGUAUGUCAGUCUGUUCCCCUCGCUUGAGACUCUUCUUUGUGAAUGGUGGUUCCGUGUUCCUGAACCAAAGAGAAAUGAGAACCAAGGUUACCUUGUUCUUUGAAGGCGAGUAUGAUCUUAGUUGAUGUGCAUGUUUCAGGUGGCAGGUGAGCUGCUCUAAUCAGAGGUUUACCCACUAUUCAAAGAAGAAUUGAGUUUGUUUGAAUGAGUUCCUCUUUGUUAGGGAAACUUUAAAGGCCUCGUCUGCCACUAGUUUGUCAGCAUAUGUGUGUGUGUCGGGGUGUGGGGGGAGUGCAUUGUUACACACCUGCCCAGUUAAAGCCUAUGUUUUCAAGCAUGAAACAUCCAGGACCUGAUUUUUGGCAAGUGCUGAGGACUUGCUGGUCCCACUGAAAUCAGGGGGAGUGGCAUCUUGUCAGCACCUCUGAGGAUUAGUGUCCCUCAAGUUGGAAACCUGAAAGUUGAGGCUCCCUUUGAAAGCGAAGGCCUUAGCGACACAUCUUGAGAAUGAGCCGCCCAGCAAGCCAGCUAGCGAAGGGUCUAUGGAUGCGAUGCCUUCUGUACUUAGCAGACCUGCAUUUAAGACACAGCGUAUUUCUCUUGUCUAGCGGACAAGGCUGGGCUGCUCAAAUGGACGAUGCAUGCUAGCUCUGAUGUGCAAUAACGGGGGGUAAGCGCAAUUAUUCCUGCCAAGGAUUUUGUACAGUGUCAAAUCAGCCAACCUCCUUUGAUAUAGAAACCUAUUCCUAAUCUCCCCCGCCUGUUGCCCCACCCUGAGGGUAUGUGUACGGAUGAAGGUGGUUUUCUAGGGCAGCUGCUGUGACCGUAUCCAACAGCAUAAAUACAGCUUUUGGGGUCAUUUUAUUCUCUUUAAAGAGUUUAUUGAGGCACAGAAUUGGCACAUUCCUCUAUAGGACAGUUGUCUACAUCACCAUGAUGCUCCCAAACUUUAUGGCAAAGAUCCGUACCAGUAUUACAGAUGGAAUGUUAGUGAGCCUUACAAAAUGGAGGAAAUUACCAUCUUAAAUACACUUCGAAUGGUGUAGCUAUGGUUUUCUUAGCCUCUCGCUGCAGGACCCAGCUGUGGAGGGAAUAUAAACCUUCCGAGAUGGUCCCAGUCAUGGGUGAUGGGCCUCCUGGACUUCCACCCUUUGUCGAGGCGGCGUCUACGCUAAGCUCUUUCUGAAAACCUUCCUCUGGUGCCAUCACACCAGUGGUGAGAAGAGCUAGUGUAGACUAGCUGCCAACAUCUUUACAAUGUCAAUGAAACUUGCUCAGAGCAGGGUCUGGCCAAUCCAGUGAUAACAAGGUGAGUGGCCUGUCUACAUUAGCGCUCCCAUUAUCACUGGCGGUGGUGGUACUGUGCAGAAACAUAUGGCCACUUUCCAUGGUGGGAGAUGGAAAGAAUGUUCAGUCUAAGCAUUCGUCUGCGAAUUGCUGAUCAGCAAGCUCUGAGAACGAGUUUGAAGGCGUAUGUCAGCACACAAGGCGCUCUGAAGCUACACAAAGCGCUCUGAAGCUAGCUGGUCUGCACGUGCAAUUGAACGGGGCUGGGAGAUCGGGGAUAUUCAGCUGCCUGACCGCAUUAUGACAUCGUUUGGUUCUUCUCUCUGCUGAUUGGACCAAAACGUACAUAAACCACAUUACCUAACUGUUACUGCCCUGAUCUUACAAUACUGCCUUGCGGCCCCAUUCUUCUUUGACCUUUUUGUGCACCGAAUAGUAGAUGGCCUCUGUCCCAAAGAGCUUACAAUCUGAGUGACUUUCCCACUGUCAUGCAGUCAGUAACAGAGCCAUGAAUAGCGCCUCGAUCGUCUGGUGACCAGUCUAAUGCCGUGUUGACUGUAACGCAGUUUGGUAAGAUGGCUGAAGUAUAGUUUGGUACUAUCUAUGUAGGCAAAUACUGAGCCCGUGAUUCUCCAACAGGCCCAUGUAGCUGGGUCCUUCAAUACCAGAGGAAAUUCUCUGAGUGAUGGGGAAAACUUAAAAAUAUUUGUUUCUGGAAAAUGAACAUUAAGGAAGCAAGUGGGACAUAAAUUGUGUGGGAAUGGUGCCAUUUUCACCUCGUACAUCCCUUUUGUUUCAAUGCAUUGUUCUAUUAUCAUGACUUUAAAGAAAACCAAAACUUUUCAUAAUUUUUAAAUUUGCUUUUU